AUGGGCCGCGAGGGACGGCACCUUCCCGCGCUCAGUGCGGCCUCGCAGCCGAACCACAAGCUCGCCUAUGGAGCGAACUACAUUACCCAGCGGGCCUUGCGCAGGCGCACGGCUCCCGCCCCGCCUCCUGGCGCGAAGCAUCCUGGGACUUGUAGUCUGCGCCCCCACCCGAAGUUUAAAGCGAAAAAGUUUCCGCACCCUUUCCGGCUAUCUGACAGUGUCAUUGAUCGUAUGAAGGAACCUUCUUCACCCAGUGGAAGACCGCAGUCUCAGCACCGAUCAGCAUCUGGUGCAGUUAAUGAUGAAGAACUAAAGAAAAGAAUAGCUGAAGAACUGGCAUUAGAACGAGCCAGGAGAGACUCUGAAGCUCAAAAGAGAAGAUUGAAACAAGAACAAAUGUAUGUACGUGAUGAGUUUGGCAAAAUUCUGGAGCGAGAAAGGAUUUCUUCAAAUGAACAUUUGACUCGAGCCAUUCUUCGAGAGCGAGCUGCGACAGAAGAGGAGCGUCAGAAGGCGCAGCGUUUUGCCAAGCAGCUGGAAGAGAAAGACAGAGAACUGAAGAAGCAUGAUGCCUACUACAAAGAGCAGCUGGCUCGGCUGGAAGAAAGGAGUGCCCAGUUCUACAAAGUUACCACGGAGCAAUACCAAAAAGCUGCUGAUGAAGUGUCAGCUCGGUUCAAGCGAUAUGAGUCUCAUCCCAUCUGUGCUGAUCUGCAGGAUAAAAUUCUACAAUGUUAUCGGCAACACGCUCAGGAGACCCUCAGCUGCUCUGCCCUGGCUAGCCAGUACCUGCGUUGUGUCAAUCAUGCCAAACAGCAGAGCAUGCUUGGGAGAGGAGGAUAAAGGCACUGUCCAAAUCAAGCACAAGACCAUCAACUCUAAUUUCAGCAGAAGAGCAUUUUUUCCCAAGAAUGAUAUGACAGCCCAUUUAUAGGGCAGACCAAUAAAGAGAAGAACUGGAAGAGCCAUUUCAAGAGCAACAGCCAUCACGGCUCAAUCAGUGUGACCAUUUGAAAAGCCAAGACCUGUAUCUUAUUACAUCAGAAAUCACACAUCCGAAGAUACUGUUCAGUCUUAGUAAAAUCCACUUAUUGGUGAUUGAAGGAUGGAAAAGAAAAGAACCUUUCACUGACCUUAGAAAGGGGAAAUAUCCUUCAAAUGCUGCUAUUUCAUUGUAGAAUCUCCUGAAAAACUUCUCCCUGUCAAAGGCACGGGUAUGUAACGCUUGGCGUGCUGGGACGUGGCGGUACUUCGUGAGCCACUCAGCCGUUGCUCCUCACCGUAUUCGUUGCUCAUAUUAAAGUUUCCCUUACAAUGUUUAAUGACGUAAAUUGUGCUUUAACUUAUUUGACAAAUUAUGUUAACUUAAUGAAGUCUCUCUCCAGGCCUUCUGCUGGAAUGGUGUUAAUGAUCCAACACUUAAGAUGUAACACGGCCUUUAUUUACGUGAAAUGAUUCUGUUGUGCUCCUCACUCCUAUCAAGUACUGACGAACAUGCCUCGCUCUGUACCAACAAUAAAUAUAUUUUAUGCACAAGA